GAUAACGCCAUGCAGCGGAGCCCAGGCAACAAGAGAUGGGGCAAGUAACGAAGGCGGAAGGGAAGCUGCUGGAAGAGCGCUUGGCCCUGAUUACUGGCUCUUGAGCAGCAGGAACCAGCAUGGUGCCAUCCUUCAAAUGAUGGAUCGCAUUGCUUGGAGGGGUGGAAACCCACCCAGAAACACUGAAAGGUGUGGGCAAGGAAGUUGCAGGGUGUGCACACUCCAGUCCGCGUUCCAUGCCGGUAUCAUCAUGGGGCGUAGGUGUUUGCCGGUCUGCUCUGUACACCAUGGAUGUUUGUGUUGGAUUUGUUUGUCUCCGGGGUCCGACUGUUGCUGCGACAUUUCAGAUUGGAUUAUCAGGAACACUGCUUCUGUGUUCAACUCUCUCCAGCUCUGAACUACAGUAACCCCCAACCUAACCUCUCUAUGGGAGAAAACAAGCCCAGGCAGGACAGUCCCACCUAGCUGCCUGUUCCAGAAGACGCAGUCCAGACUGAGGCAUGCUGAUAGGAAGCUGGAAUCGUCGCUGCGUGCCUCUGCUUUACCCGAGUUAGGGAACCAUUCAGGGCUUCAGCCUCCAGGGCCAUCAGCUUGGCAGCUUUCCUCAGCACUAAAUUUAUUUUUUAAAGCUAUAUCAAUGUUGUGCCCGAAGGGAAUGGAGGAACAGAUGCAGCCUGUGGAGUCUGGCUUUAAUUCAUCUGCUUCGUUUAAUUUUCUACCCUGCCUUCUAAUCAGUGACAUUGCAUUGAUGGCCCUGGGAAUACUCCAGCUUCUCGUACAGGCGCAGUUUAGUACAACACGGUGGCUGUGCCAUCUUAGCUGGUUCACAGGAUCUCACUCAGGGUGGCUGUGCCACGUUACCUCACAGGCGCUCUCUCAGUCAGGAUGGCUGUGCCACUUUACCUCACACGGCUGUGCCACGUUACCUCACAGGGGCUCUCUCGCUCAGGGUGGCUUUGCCACGUUACCUCACACGGCUGUGCCACAUUACCUCACAGGGGCUCUCUCAGUCAGGGUGGCUGUGCCACUUUACCUCACAUGGCUGUGCCAUGUUACCUCACAUGGCUGUGCCACGUUACCUCACAGGGGCUCUCUCGCUCAGGGUGGCUGUGCCAUGUUACCUCACAGGGCUGUGCCACGUUAUCUCACAGGGGCUGUGCCACAUUAUCUCACAGGGGCUGUGCCAUGUUAUCUCACAGGGGCUGUGCCACGUUACCUCACAGGGGCUCUCUCGCUCAGGGUGGCUUUGCCACGUUACCUCACAUGGCUGUGCCACGUUACCUCACAGGGGCUCUCUCAGUCAGGGUGGCUGUGCCACUUUACCUCACACGGCUGUGCCACGUUACCUCACAUGGCUGUGCCACGUUACCUCACAGGGGCUCUCUCAGUCAGGGUGGCUGUGCCACUUUACCUCACACGGCUGUGCCACGUUACCUCACAUGGCUGUGCCACGUUACCUCACAGGGGCUCUGUCGCUCAGGGUGGCUGUGCCACGUUACCUCACACGGCUGUGCCACGUUACCUCACAUGGCUGUGCCACAUUACCUCACAGGGGCUCUCUCGCUCAGGGUGGCUGUGCCAUGUUACCUCACAGGACUGUGCCACAUUACCUCACAGGAGUUCUCUCACUCAGGGUGGCUGUGCCACGUUAUCUCACAGGGGCUGUGCCACGUUACCUCACAUGGCUGUGCCACAUUACCUCACACGGCUGUGCCAUGUUACCUCACAGGGGCUCUCUCGCUCAGGGUGGCUGUGCCAUGUUACCUCACACGGCUGUGCCACGUUACCUCACAGGGGCUCUCUCGCUCAGGGUGGCUGUGCCACAUUACCUCACAUGGCUGUGCCACAUUAUCUCACACGGCUGUGCCACAUUACCUCACAGGAGCUCUCUCGCUCAGGGUGGCUGUGCCACGUUACCUCACACGGCCGUGCCACGUUAUCUCACAGGAGCCCUCUCGCUCAGGGUGGCUGUGCCACGUUACCGCACAGGGCUGUGUUAUGUUACCUCACAGAUGCCGUCUCACUCAGGGCAGCUGUGCCAUGUUACCUCAGAGUGGCUGUCUCAGGAAGGCUGUGGUACCCUUUUCUGUUGGCUGACCAAAUUUCCACCUUCAUCUUCGUUAUGUGCUGUCGAUGUUCAUCCUGAGCAGCACUGCUUGUUCAUUCAGUCACCCAAGGCCGAGACACGCCGAAACCAGGAAGGUGUCCUUCUGGGUGACAGCUCUCCUUUGUGAGGCUCACAGUAUAUCCUGAAUAGUAUAAUCUGUAUCAGAUUGCUUUUACCUGCUAAAAUGGAGAAGUAGGGCCCAGCAGGAAUGCAGUUGCAUGGUGGAAUAAAAACUCUGGGACGCACAGUCAAAAAAAAGUAUUUAUUCCAUCCUUUGCCACUGUGCUGUGGGCACCACUCAACUGCUGCUCAUUAUGAAGUGUUAAACAGAACCAAACCCCAUGUGUCUUUCUAUUUCAUAAGAAUGACUUGUCUUGUUUAAGACCACCUUUAGGCACUCAUGGGCCUCAAUAAUGUGUAUGUGCCUAAACUUAAUAGACGGGCCAAGAUUGCGACCUUCCUAAAAAUUUGAUGAUAGCUGCGGUUUUUCAUGGCUCCGUCCUGUAAGUCGCAGGCCUAUGCCACGGGAUAAUUGCCAGUAUCCCCAUACAGCAUCAAUGCCUGAGUGAUGCUCGGAUGAUAUGGUGAUGGACAGAUAUGUUUUCAAUGAAUCUAUCUACAGUUCUCUUGUACACAAUAACCCCCCCAUCCUGAUAGCCUUGAAAGUACUCUUGCAACAUUGUUUCUUAUUUUAUUAUCAUAUUUCCAUUGCUGUGUUCCCAUGUGUGGUGCUAACGUUUAAAUUCAGAUAUUGAAAUUCAGAGGAAUAUUUAAAUAAAUAAGCAAAUGGAUAUUUAAAAAAACAACAAACCCCGCUUCGUGGGAAUUAAAC